AUGAACUAUUAAAAAAGUCGAAUUUUAAGUGAUAAUGAAAUACAAUCCAUAUAUGAGUAACUCCAAACAAAUUUAAAAUUAAUGACAGAGUGUUUAAAACACAAUAAAACAUUAAUGAAGGUUCAUUAAUGAAAUUAUCUAUAGGAUUUUGGUAAAGCUACUUGUGACUAUGGUGACAAAAUUGAGGAUCUAUCAAAAAGAACCAUCAAAGAUAUGAUGAAAAUCAAUACAAAUUAUAUACUAAAGGAGAUGAGUGGAUAGGUAUUUUUAAAUUAAAUAUAAAUAGAUCAAAAUAAUUGGUUCAUAAAUUAUAGGAACUUCUUAGGCCAUUAAAGAAUUAAUGAAUCCUAUAUUAGAAGAGGGUAAAGUACUAAAAUAAUCAUAUAAUGAUUAUGUUAAGCAAAUAAACUAAAGAAAGAAAGAUUAAGAAGAGUAGUUUAAGAAAUUAGAUGAAUUGAAAACUAAAAUUGCAGUAUAUCAAACAUCAGUAUAUCCAAUUGAAAAAUAAAUGACAGCUUAAUUUAGAUAAUUGAAACAAUAAGAAUAAAUGAUGAUUGAAGAAUAAAAACUUAAAUUUAUAUAUGUAGGAUAAUGUAAAACAGAUUUAAAUAAUUUUAUAAUUGAAGAAAAUUAAACUGUUGAAUAAAAAAUUAAUUAAAUUACUCUUAAAUGUUAUGAAUUAGUAAGUUUGUGUAUGGAUGAAUACAAUAAGAAGUUUAAAGAUAUAGCAAAAGUUAAGUAAUUGAUGGAUAAUUCAAUGAAAUUUUGUGAUAGAUCUUCUAAAAGAAGUAUAACACCUUAAAAAACUUAAGGAUUAUCUCAUUGUUCAUCUUAAAAUGGAUAUAGUUAAAGAUCUAGAUCACCAUCAACUUAACUUUAAGGAAUAGAAAGAAUAAGAGAUAAUAGUAAUUCUAGAUAAGAUAUUUCAAUUGCUAAGAGCAAUUAUUGUUAAAAGGAGAACCUUUAAACGAAAGAACCUAGUAGAGAUGCUAUGAUAAGUACAAGAAUUUAGAGUAAAAGUUAAGCUAAGCGAAAUGAAGAUUUUAACAUAGUAGAAUCAGAGAUAUUUGAAGAUUUUUUGAAUAAAAACUAUAAUAAUAAUAAUAAUAAAAGUAUUGGAUAAAACAAAUAAAGGAGUUUUUUAAAAGAGAAUUUUAAUGAAUCAAAAGGAAAUAUCAUGAAAUCAUAGAGUAAAAUUAAUAUCAAAUAAAGAAAUGAUAGUAAAAGACAAAUUAGUAAUAGAUUUAAUUCAGAUGAUGAUUAUAUUUGA